GGCUUUGAUUGGACCGUUUACAUGAUUUUAACUCCAUAUCUCUGUGUGUGUGUGUGUGUUUUCUUAAUCUGUGCAGACCACGCUUCUUCGUUGUUCUGCAGCUGGACGCUUUGUCACUGCCUUCGUCCUCCUCCUCCUCUUCCUCGCCCCUCCCCACCCGGGUCCAUCCUUCAAGAAGCAGAACCGCCUGUCGCCGUUGAAACGUGGAGGGAAGGGCACGCGGCGGGACGCUCGCAUCAGGGCGCGCGGCUCCAUUGUUAAUUUGGUGCCGGUUUGUGUCGACAUUAUUUGCUUCAGGGCUGGUUCCGGUCCGGAGGAGCUGCUCUCAUCUUCAAGUGGUGCUGAAGAGCAACGUCGCUCGGUCCAGAAGGGCACUAAAGUGUUACAGGAACUGGCCGGUGUGACGCUCCACACUGAACAUACCAACCUGCGAAGGGGAUGAAGCCGGAUGGAGCUACUAUGGAGACCCCAGAGCUCGGUGAAGCUGCUGCUGUAGCGGAGCGCUCAUCUCAGGAAAACAUAAACGAGGAAGCCCAAAUUCAACCGGAAGCAGCAGCACCUGCAGAGACUCAAAAGGCCAAUGGGAAACCCUUAGCAGUGGAUCCCAAAGUCAAACCAAAAGCAGCUGGAAGUAAAAUCCAACCAACAUCCUGUGCUGGCGCUGCUGGGUCCACCUCACGGCCGGGAACUGCUUCACACCGCACAGAGAGGGAUAUUAAAUCUUCCUCUGCAGGGAGGAAAGCAGCAGCAGCAGGAGGAGUUGCAGCAUCAAAACCCUCUGCUGCAGGAGCUGUGCCUAAAAGACCAGUAGGUGUGCCAGCAGUUUCAUCCACAGCUAAAAACCAAUCGAGAGCUCUUGACAGGAAGCCAGUUGGACCCGUGAAGACUGCUGAUGCAACAGUAACCAAUGGUACCAAACUGAGAGUGCCACCCAAUGGCAUUAGUAGGAAACCAGCAGCUGAGGCUGCUAAUGGAGCCAGACCAAAAACCACAGCUGCUACUAAUAGACCGGUUGCUUCAGCUGCUCCAAAAACAAACGCAUCAACCACAACGAAACCUGUCGCUCCAGCCUCGUCAAGAACAAGGCUUGCUGCAGGUCCCUCAACAUCUCGAGCAACAUCCACCUUUUCGAAGCCGGCUGCUGCAGCAACGACAAAGAUUUCCACCACUGUAACUUCAAGAGUUGCUUCUUCAAGAGCCACUGCAGCGCCAUCUGCUGGCAGGAGUGCAGGAGCACAGCUGAAUAAAAAUCCUGCUAAUAAAGAUAUUAGUCGACCACCUUCUGCUGCAGCUGCCAAGAAACCCCUACCAACAACACCAUCAGCAUCACCUGUGGCCAAAAAGAAGGAAACAUCAAGAACUACAACUACAGUGAAACCAAACUCUGCUCCAACGGCAACCAAGGCAGCCGAACCUAAAGCAUCGCUGGGCAAAGUUAAAUCCGUGGCAAAACCGACCCAAGCGAAGAAACCUGCAGCCACAGUUCGCUUCCCUCCGUCGACCAGACCGCCGCUUGGCCAAACUCCACCCUGUUCUCCAGCAGGCAGACCUUUGACCCCCGCAGCAAAACGCGGAACCAACAAACCAACUCAGAGCGUCUCGCCUUUCGCACAGAAAGCUGCGAAAGUCGCGUUGCCUUUUGCCGAACCGCAGAUUGCAGCUCCUCCAGCGACAGCAGCUGAAUCUGUUCAGGUAGCAGACACCGUAACCGAGGUUACGACAGCGGCUGUAGUUUCUGCUGCCGAGAAGGUCCAAAGAGAUGCAGAACCAGAGGAGGUGGCCCAACUCAUCAACACGACAUCGCCACCAACAUCUCCUCCUUUUCGGGAACAAUCUGAGGACCGUGCCGCGGCGCUUCCUGAGCCAGAGCAGCUCUCUUCCCCAGCCAAGCCUUCAUCACCAACCGUGGCCUCUUCUUCUGCUCGCCUCCCUCAGGAAGCGGAUCAAACCGCCUCUACACCUGCGGUCAACCCAACAGAACCAAGCACCGCUGCACAGACGGAGGCUGCUAUUAUUAAUCUAAAUGAAGAGGAAGAUGAGGAGGAGCGCGAGGGAAGCCAGUUGGUGUCUGUGUCGGAAAUGAGCGGAACCACACAGCCGACCGAAGAGUCCCGUCCCGGGUCAGGCGGGCCGGUCGGCAGGGCCGCCUGGAAAGCCGGAGGCGCCUUGCUCUCGGAAUUGGACUCCGAGGAUGUGAGCGGGAGCCAGCAGGGAGCGUCGGAGCUGAGCGCGCCCGGUGUCCUGGAGGGCACGGAGAGCACGGACGACCUCGGAGACGGCAGCCUCAAAGGAGCCAUCGACAUAGAGUUGGCCUCGGUGGGUUCCCCCGACUUCGAGAAGGUUCCCGACAUUCCCGCCAACGAAGACGAAGAUGAGGACGACAGCGACCGGGUGUGCGACAUGGAAGUGGGCUCGGAGCGGGCCGACGAGCCGCGCAGACCGAGGCAUGACAACGACGUGGACGAAGAUGAGGACGAUGAUGACGUGGAGAUGGCGAGCGAAGGCGUGACUGAGAGUGGACUGGAAAGCUACGGAAACGCGGAUGAGGACGACUUUGCCGAGGAUAACUUGGAUAACUUGAACCGAGUUCUGCAGCCGCUGCCGCCACCACCGGUGCUGCCCUCCGCCCCAGCGGCCCAGUGGGACCAACCCAACCCGUUCGCUUCUCCGUGGGAAGAACCGCCACAAUCACACAUUCCAGGAGAAUCUAAAGCCUCUGCAAACUGCGACGCUUUAGCUCAAUCCGCAGCGCAGACCUGGCUGGACGUCGGAUCUGCACCUUCUGCUCUGGAACGACAAGAUGUCUGCCAUCAUUCAUCGUUGCCAAAUGAACCUCAGAACGUGGAACCGGCGGAUCCAGCCCCGGAAAUGGCCCUACCUGGAGACCAGGGUGACCGGAAGCAGGAAGGGAAGCUCCCAGCUCACGUUUUUGAAACUUCGACGCAUUCCUCACAUCCGGACGGAGACUGCCAGGACGCUCAGGCUGAGAGAGGAGAGCAGGAGGAGGAGGAGGAGGAAGAGGCUGAACCUGAAACUCUGCCUGCCGACGAAGUUCUUGGCGGCCCCUCGACGGCGCCAACGUCCAACCCCUCCUCUUCCUCUGUAACGGAAGAUGAGGCGAGCGACACGGAGGGAGAAGCUCAGCUGGACGAAUCGCUGAAGUGCCCGCCAGUCUCCAACCUGACCUUCGACAUGCAGUCUCCGCUGCCCCAGCGCUGCCUGUCCACCGUGGAAGAGGGAGAGGAGGUGGAAAGUUUCCUCGCCGAUGAAGCCACUCCACCUUCAGCGGCUUCACUGGCGUCCUACAACUUCGACUCCGUAACCACAGCUUCCAACUCCAACGCCCAGUCCACCGGCGAGAGCUGCAUCAAGAGCCCCGGCAUCUUCUCCCUGGAGGAGCUUUCGGAGGAGGCCAAGGAGCCGUGCCUCAACCCGGAGCCUGACGCGCAGCCCUGCGCCGCCGAGUACAUCGAGUGUGGGAAGCAGCAGGAAGCGGAGGCGGCUGAGCGCGUCGAGACGGAACUGCCUGGAUCUGAAGACGCCACAGCAAAGCCGGAGGAAAUCGCAGAAGACAUCCAGCCCCCGUACUAUUCGACUAUCUGUGAAAAGACUGAGGACUCUUUUGCAGGCUUUGCGACGAUCCCACACCCUCACCGCCGCGAUCACUCGUCCUACCCCAGAACGUUCUGCGACCUUGUCAAACCCGUCCUCAGCGCCGCCGCUUCGCCCAAGCUGACCUGCACCGACCUGCCGCCCCGGAGCCUCGGGCAGCAGGCGCUGAGCCCGCAGCUCCGCAGGCUGGAGCAGCACCAGAGGCAGCUGCUGGAGCUGCAGCAGCGCCGGGCGCAGCAGAGCCGGCCGCUGGAGGAGGCCGAGCAGGAGAGGAAGAGGAGGGUGGAGGAGGAGCAGAGGAAGAAGAAAGACGAGGCAGAAGAAGAAAUAAAGAGGAAUAAGACUGCACUGCUGUCCCCUUCGUCUGGACUGUGCACCAUAUAUGAAGCUUUGGAGAGCAGCGAAGACGAAGAAACGCCGGAGCAGAACCCGGAUCCAGACCCGACCCAACCUGAACCGGAUCCACACCAACAGAUGUCUCCCAGCUGCGACUCUGACCGACCGUCUCCGGAGCGACCGCCGCCCCUCGAUUUGGACUGGGGGAAGAAGGUGGACAUUGUCCAGCAGCUGAUCAACCAGACGCUGCUGCUCAACGGGGACGGGUGCUCCUCCCUGCUGCUGCUGCCUGGAGGGGCGGGGGGCACCCUGAGCCCCCUGGAGAGCAGCCUCUGGCCCAGUCUGCUGCCCCCGCUCACCCCUCAGUCCGCCACCGUCACCUCCGUCAGCAGCUUCUCCCCUGAGGCCACUGGCAGCUCGCCGCAGGGCGAGUGGACGGUGGUGGAGCUGGAGACGCAUCACUGA